UAUAUUAUAUGCACAGAAAGAGAAUUCCGAUAUAUGUCAUAAUGAAUUAUUCAGGAGAAUAGCAGAACUUUUACCUAAAAUGGUUGAUAUAAACAGAAGGAAAUGUCUAGAAAUACUCUCUUUAUCUAUAAAUAAAGUAUCUUACGAUGAUGUUAGUUCGUUGUUUCAAUGUAGGGAAGUGUUUAGAUUGGUACAAGAAGGAGAUAUCAGUGCUUUAGUACUUGUGGGGCGUGGCUUAUCGAGAUUGGGGCGUGGCUUGAUGGGAAUAGGGCGGGGCUUAGUGCUGCAAAGUGCGAAACAUUGUCGUAGUGAUGUUAAAAGAGUUAGAGAAGCGGCGUAUGGUGUGCUUAGAUCAGCUGUUGAAUGUCUCUACACUGAUACAGUAGAAUCUAACCCCAAACGAUCAGCUCGGUUCAGCAGUCCACUGCUGCAGGACGAGGAGUUGAAGGUGGCUUUGGCCUUCCUAGGACUGGAGCUGGUCUCUGAUGAUGGACUACGGAACGCCGUGAGUUCAUGUCUACCUACUGGUAUAUUAAAAAGAUUCUGUGAGAGUUUCAUCAUCAGCGUAUACCUGCCUGUGGUAUACGGUGAUAGCAAAUCUAUGAACUGUCUCACAGUUCUCCUGGAUGUCUUCUUUAAGGAUCUUAGAGAUAAUGAGUCCUUCAAACGGAACCUGAUCACUGAACACACGCCAAAUAAUACUUUUUCUACGACUUCAAAAGAUACAAAUCUUAUAACUCGUAGCGGUAUACAAAAUGAAGAUUCAACUGCUGAAGAUACGAAAACCUUGGAUGAUGUUUUAGGAACGUUAUUACAGUUUUGUAAGACAGGUGAAGCAGCGUCAGCACUAACACUGCAACUCCUGACGUCUUUACAAUCAAUCUCAGUCAGGGGUUUCGAUUUUCCUGCCGCGAUGACACAUUUAUUACUGCCAAUGUUACCACAUAUUGGUGAUAUCACGCCAUUUGUGAUACAAGCUUGUAGGUUGUUUAUUAAUGAAUGCUGUACUAUACAAGGAUUUAAACCAGCUGUGGAAGAGCUUUUGAAAUCAGUGAAGGGUACUGAAGGUGAAAUAUUGGUUCAAGUCUUGUUAGAAGAUGUUGAGAUCAGAUUAUCUGGUUUUGAUUAUUUUGUACUAGGCAAUACAACUCAAAUAUAUGAAGACAGUGAAAUGUUGAAUUUGUCAAAAGAAUUUUCAUUGGAAGAUGUAGUGACGUCAUUCAACUCUCUCUCAAACUGGCAGCUGUUGACUCUGCAGCAGCAGAAGUCCGCAGCAGACAGACUACCUCCCCUAUGGACCUGUAUAUCUGAUUUCAGGAAACAUUUAGAUAGCUAUGAAGUGACCACAACAAAUACAUGGUUCGAUAAGAUGUUGUCAAUUUAUCAAGAAUCCAAGAAGAGUUACAAAUCUUUACAAUGGUACAACGAAAUGUCUCGCUGGCCUAAGAGGCAGUUUACAAUAUCCGCUACAAUAGACGCUUUGGAGUUAAAGAGGAUGCAAGAUGAAGAGCAUCCUCAGGAUCUGGAGUGCUACAUCCAGCCGCAGGACUGUCUAGUGGAGUGGGCCGCUAGGAUUAUGACCAGAUCUGCGUGUAUACAAAAGAUGUAUGAAGAUAUGGAGAGUAUGACGUCAAUCAGUCCGUCUCACUCGCACGCGCUGCGCUGGUGUACGCGCGCGAACGAGAUGGCACUACCUUUACAAGUAUUAUGCUGUAUACAGACUAUAAACAAACAGGAGUUGACAACCCUGGCCUGGCAGCGUCAGGAAAUCCUCGCCAGGAGGCAGCUGGCGCUCAAGAACUCAGACAUGGACAUCCUUAGUCAACUUCUGGAAAGAGCACAUUCAUAUGUACCUGAAAAUCGAUUAAUUAUGGAUAAUACUCCAAUAGAAGAUAUUGUUGGUUUGAACCAUCUUAUAUUGAUUCUGCGAAGAGAUUUGGACGCACUCUCUAACGAGCAAUUAAGAUUUUUAUUACAUGAUACAAGAGAUAGAAUAAAAACUACAGAGAGUAGAACAGUAGGUGAAAAUAAGCAAGUGCUUAAGAAUAUGGUGCAGAUUGCUAUCACGCACUAUGAUGAAAAUUGGCCACUAACUGGUGCUAUAGAACAAAACAUUCAACUAAUAGAGAUGACGAACGCCUUAGGUGUUGGUAUAGACUUGAAUUUAGAUCUAAAAUAUAGUGUUUUAAUUGAUGUGCUACUGUACCGGCUGAGCUGUGUUGACCAGCUCGACAGUGAUGCCACCGCAGCUAUCCUCGGCAAGAUGGAUACACUCAUCCAUAUUCUGGAUGAUUUCGCGAUAGAGGAGCUGAAGAGAAACCAAUCCAAAUUGACCUCUCCAUGCGAGCUGGUCGCCAAGUUAUCAAGAGAUGCUAGCAAACUGAAACAGUGUCUGCAAUUAGUGGCCGACCCGAGACAUGUGCUGCGCCAUUACGUUAGAGAGUUGGUGAAAGCACUUGAAGAUCAUGAUUGCGCUGCGUUGAAUAAAUCAUUUAAUAGAAUGAAAGAGAAGAUAUUUGAGAAUCCUUACGCCGGAGUUGACUAUCAAGUACUUAACAAGUAUAAAGAAAUAUUAUACAAAAUAUCUGAGUUUGAUAUAAAUAAUAAAGAUAAUUUUAAAGAAUCUCUUUUGGUUGUACUAAAAGAAUUGAAUACGCAAUCUGAGAGUUUCAAGUUAUCACAGCUCUGUCCCGCUCUAACGCAAGCGGAAUUCAUAUGUGGGAGCGAGACAGAAGACUGUCUCAAUCGGCUGUUAAUGUUACCCCGCGGGAUACGUGUACACAGAUUUGAAGAACAGGUGUCAGUGUUUACGGAUUCUAAGCGUCGUCCGGCGGUGCUGAGUGCUCGUCUAUCAGAUGGCAGUCAGCGGCGGCUGCUGGUGAAGACUGGCGAGGAGCUGGUUGUGGACGCAGCCGCCCUCAGGGUCAUCAGGUCUAUGGGUAUCACUUCGCAGGAUUACCAGGUGACAACGUUAGGUGAUGACAGCGGACUUAUACAGUAUUUGGAAGAUCACAAAAGAGUUCGGGAGAUGAUUGCUAAUAAAAUUGAUGUGAAAGGUAUAGAAUCAAUGAGUACACUUGGUGAGAAAUUAAUUCAGGAUACAAGAGAGCACAGCAUCAGUCAGUAUCAGAAAAUGUGUGCUAAAAUACCAGCACACGCUUUCAGGUCUGUUAUGGAAUUGAAUAGUUUCAGUUUCCAAGACUUUAUCAACAAGAAAUUGAAUUACGAAGAAAGUCUCGCCGCUAUGACAUAUGCCACCAGUUUGUUAGGCUUGAAGGACCGUCAUUUGGAGAACAUUCUAUACGAUGUGGUUAGUGGGUGCUUGAGGGCUGUAGACUGGAACAGCUCAUUGCAGCAUUCCCAGUCUGAACCUCCGCCUGCCAGGCUCACGCGCUGUCUGCUCGCACCAUGCAGGAAACAAGUGUUAGAAAGUCGUCUGCAACAAUUGACUUCAGAGACUAGAUCUUGUCAUCGACUUCUACUGGCAACGUUACAAAUAUCAUUCAAAUGGAUGGAAGAUGAAAUACAGGAUAAGCUCCGAGUUGUCUAUGAUCUAAUGCGAGGAGCAAAAUUAUCUCAUCAAGUGAGUCAACGGAGUCCUGGAGACUUCGCCCUUCUAUUGCAGGAUAUCUUCAAUGAUUUUGAAGAUAAGGAUGUUUAUUCUUUCGAAGAACAGGUAACGAAUCUUUUACGACAUUGCACAGACCCACAAAUCCUGGCCAUCACCAGGUCAGCUUGGGAACCAUGGAUUUAGGAUAUCAAUGCAAACAUGAGGGCUGGAACUUUUCCUAAAACCUCAAUUAACACACCAACUUCCUUA